AUGCUUUGGAUGGCAUCCAGCUCGAGCGCGGAAAGUCGCCUUCGCGACCUGACGGAGCUUGGAGAUAGAGAUGAGGAGAGGCUUGCGGAGGCAGGCUGGUAG